CCCCUGCAGCACAGUCGAGGAAGAAGGUUCCAGUGGAUUUGACAUUUGUAAGCGAGAGUCGCGUGACUGGAGAGCGACUGAUCUGCAGCCAAAGACGUCGGAUGUACAAUGUCCCAGCAGUCUCCAGCCGACCCUGAACGGCCAGGAAAUGCAGUCGUGGGUCCCGUAGGAAUUGACUACAUCCCCACAGAGGAGGAGAGGAGAGUGUUCCGGGAGUGUAAUCAGGAAAGCUUCUGGUACAGAUCUCUCCCUAUAUCUGCCAUCAGCAUGGCCUUCACUCAGUUCCUUAUCUCUAGAGGUGCUCUUACGGCCUCCGGUAGAUUUGGAUCUUGGCCUAAAGUUGCUUUUGCUGGUGUUUUUGGCUACCUGGGAGGGAAGAUGUCAUACAUGAAGACAUGCCAGGAGAAAUUUAAGAGCUUGGAGAAUUCGCCACUGGGGGAGGCACUGAGACAGAGACAGCGCCAGCAACCGCCAGUGUUUACCCAUAAGCACCCGGAAAUGAGUGAUCCAAACAAAGCUGAUUUUGAACUUGAUCAGAGGAAUCAGCCAUUCUCCUAUUCUAGUGAUUUCACUUACAGUGACCCCAUGCCCUCAGCAGCUCAAUGUGACACUCAAAUUACAGCAGAACCAACUUACAUUGAGGAGGAUGUACAGAAGAAACACAUUCUGUAUGAGGAGCUACGGAGUAAGAACAGGGAAAACUAUGAAAAACCAGAGACACUGUUGAAGCCUUCACCUGAGACCAUCCCAGCCAAGAGAGGGAAGAAGAAUAUAUAUGGAGACACAUGGGAGGAAUGAGAGCUGCUUCAACACUGUCUAGAACCGUCUUUUACAAUACAGAUGUCUAACUGUGUCUGAGAAAUGUCUGUCAUUGACUGUGUACCUAUUUAAUGUAAUUAAAGAAAAUUUUUAUUUGAAAACUGUGUGAAGCUUAAAGGGUUAUUUCAUCUUCAGUUGCUGGUCCCCAUUCUCUUUUUAAUAGUAUGGAGAGAAAAGAAAAAAAAAAAAAAACUACGCAAGUCAAUGGGGACCAGCUGAAGGUUAACUAUCCUUUUAAUACAUUAUCUAAUAAUAGAAGCAACCUUUUUUUUUUUUUUUUACAUUCGUGGAAGAUUGGUGCUUUCACUCUCACUGAACUGGUCCCAAAGUUCCAUUAGCACUGCAGUCCAGUUGCUAGUAUUAUUAUUUUUUUUCUCCAGUCAUUUCAUUAUUACAAUUGCAGGAAUCAUUUAGGUCAGCGGCACAUUUGUUUCAAGAAUGAGUUGUCAUCUUUAAUACCUGAGAUUCAUAACCUCCUAAUCAGAAGUAUGAGCAAUU